GUAAAGCGAGAAACUUUAGAUACGCUUGCGCAUGGGCUGUGUACAUUUAAGAUAAGCAUCGGCGCUGGUUCAACUGACAUGCCACAUGCCACAGUGUGGCACAGUAGGCAUUCAGUUCAGUGCAGCUGCGGCUGGCCGAGCGUGCGGCAUGUGCGUCAAGUCGCAAAGUUUCUGGGAGCGGCACGAGCUGAAGUUCUACAGGUAUGGCCACAUCUAUGCGAGCAUCUGCGGCCAGGUGAUCAUAGACUAUGCGCCGCAGCGACCGAUGCGAGCGCCGUUCAAGUCGCUGCUCAUCGCCUAUAGCCACGUGCUGAGCCUGCUGCUGGUUGUCGUCCUGCCCGGCUACUUUGGCUACAAUUACCGCGCGCUGACCGCCACGGACGACCGCCGCAUGCAGCUGGUGCUGUACGUCGGGUUCGCCAACACGCUCAUCAAGUACGCCACCGUGAUUGUGACCUAUGUGGCGAACACCUGCCACUUCGAGGCCAUCAACCAGCGCUGCUCGCUGCAGCGCGCCCGCCUCCAGGCGGCCUUUGCCGCCAGGUACCGUGGAUCCGGUUGGCCCAAGCACAGCUUCGAGCUGUUCAUGUACCUAAAAUUCGUGCUGAUUAACCUGAUGAUGAUUGUCCAGAUCUGUGCGAUAUUUGCCGUUGCCCGCAUCGACUCAGAUACAGAGUCAGACUCCGACUCAGACUCCGUCUCCGACUCCGACUCGGCUGCAGCAGCCCGAGGAAGGCGACUGCGUAUUCAGUUCGCCAUCUACGGCUUCGUCCUGUGGAACUAUACGGAGAGCAUGGCCGACUAUUUCUACUAUGUGAGCAGCUGUGUGCUGCUGUACUUUCGCCUGCUGCACAUGCAGCUGCAGGCCGAGCUCGAGCAGCUCAGGCGACUGGGCCGCGGCAGGCUGUUGCUCUACGGCUGUCGGCUGUGCGAUCGGAUUGGGUUGCUGCGGGAGCGCUACGCCCAGAUACACGGCCUGUAUGCGGACAGCUUUCGGAUGCAUCAGUUCCAGCUGCUGGGCCUGAUGCUGACCACGCUGAUCAACAAUCUGACCAAUCUGUUUACCAUCUUCAAUCUGCUGGCGACGAGCUCGCGCGCAUUCGUCUCCUUUCCGGUUGCAGUGAGCGGCGUCUAUGCGCUGGCCUUCUAUCUGGACACGUAUUUGGUGUCGCUGGUUGGCGAGUAUAUCAAGAUGGAGCAGACGCGUCUGGCCCUCACCGUUCGGCAGUUCAGUGAAUCUCCAGCGCGGCAGCCGCCAAGCCUGAACCAAGAGGUGCUCCAACCAAACACUGCACAGCAUCCAAUUGGCUGCCAGUUAGCUAACGAUUUGUCACUUGUCUUCCAGUUGGAACAGUUCUCGCUGCUGCUGAUGCACUGCCGCCAGCCAAUGCUCUGUGGCCUGGUGCAUCUGGAUCGUCGUCUCAUCUAUCUAAUUUCCGUGACAGCCUUCUCCUACUUCAUUACGCUCGUCCAGUUUGAUAUUUAUCUGCGCACGCGGCACAACAAAUGAUAU